AUGAAUAUUGCAGAAAGUCUUUCACAGUUAUUUAAUUUUGUCACAUUAAACAUCACGAGUCUAUUUAGUAAAUUCAAGUUUGCAAUUCAGCAUAAGACAGCUGAAGCGUUUGUGGCUUGGUCUCACAGCCUCGACGCCCGACCACAAAUAAAGAAUGAAGUUUUGUUGCCUAAAACGCUAAGGAUGGCUUGUGCCACCUAUUGGAAAUUGUGUUUACAUUUAAUUGUGAUUAUUACUGACGUUUAUUUAACACUUGAUACUUAUUGCCACCCACGCUAUUUUACUCCACUCACUCAAAAUGUUAUUUGUUAUACAAAAACUCGCUUGCUGACUUUCCUGUAUUUUGAAACCAUUUUAUAUGAAUCUCAAAAUCAUAUUUUGCCGCAACAUUAUCGAUAUGCUUUUUGUUUACUUUCUCAAAAUACACAAGUGAAUGUCCGUACUUCUCUGUUCGAAAGAUAUGGGGUUCUUUGA